AUGGAGCAAGAGCAACAACGCGGCAAGCCCAAGGUGGUGUUCGUCCUGGGCGCGACGGCGACCGGCAAGUCGAAGCUGGCCAUCGCGCUGGCGGCGCGCUUCGGGGGCGAGGUGAUCAACUCGGACAAGAUCCAGGUGUACGCCGGCCUUCCCGUGAUCACCAACAAGGUGACGGACGAGGAGCGCGCCGGGGUGCCGCACCACCUCCUGGGCUGCGUGCGCUGCCCCGACGCCGACUUCACCGCCGAGGACUUCUACAGGGAAGCCUCGGCGGCCGUCGCGCGCGUGCUCUCCCGCGGCGCGCUCCCCGUCGUGGCCGGCGGGUCCAACCGCUACGUGGAGGCGCUCGUCGAAGGGGUAGACGGCGCGUUCCGGAAGGAGCACGACUGCCUCUUCGUGUGGCUCGACGCGGCGCUGGAGACGCUGCGCCGGUGCACGGCCGUGCGCGUGGACGGCAUGGUGCGGCGCGGGCUCGUGGACGAGGCCCGGGCCGCGUUCGACCCCGGGCUGCGCGCCGAUGACUACACCCGUGGCGCGCGCCGGGCCAUCGGGCUCCCGGAGAUGGACGCCUACCUGCGCCGGGUAGUAGUGCAACAGCAGGAGGAGGAGGGCAAUGAGGAAGAGCUGCUGGCGGCCGCCGUGGAAGAGAUCAAGGCCAACACGUUCGGGCUGGUGCUGGAGCAGGUGGACAAGAUCCGGCGGAUGAGCACGCUGGAAGGGUGGGACGUCCGCCGGGUGGACUGCACGGACCUGCUUGCGCGCGUGGCGGCCGGCGAGGGUGGGGAUGAAGAGCUGUGGAGGAAGACGGUGUGGGAGCCCGUGGAGGACAUGGUGAGGAGCUUCGUCGACAACAAAAGUGGAAGGCCGCUGCAGCAGUACUAG